AUGGGAAAAAAAGAUUUUAGACAAAAUAAAUCCGGAAGAAAAAAAUUUAAUGAAAAAACCGCAAAAGGAAAAAGAGGUGGUAUAAAUGAUGACGAUACAAGAUAUCAAGGAUAUAUUAAUAAUAGUGAAAUGAGUAAUGAAGACAUUUUGAAAUUUGAAGAGGUUGAUAAUAACAUUCCCAUAAAACUUGGAAUGUGGGAAAAUAUUUAUAAAUUAUUUCAUCCACAAGGCCAAAGGGCAGUUUCCCCUGCUGAUAAAGAUAUCAUAAAAGACUUUGGUAUAGCAGUGAUAGAAUGUUCUUGGGCAAAGCUGGAUGAUGUGCCUUUUACCAAAUUAAAAGCAAAUCACAAUAGAUUACUUCCAUAUUUAGUUGCAACUAACCCUGUUAAUUAUGGUAAACCUUGGAAGUUAAAUUGUGUUGAAGCAUUGGCUGCCUGGAUUAAAUUAAUAUUAUUAUUAACAUCAGGAUUUCCUGAAUAUGCAGAAAAAUUAUUAUGUAAAUUUAAAUGGGGUGAUGAAUUUUAUAAAGUCAAUGGAGAAUUAUUAAAUAAAUAUUCCAAUUGUAAAGAUUCUACUGAAGUUGUAAAAGUUCAAUGCGAAUGGUUGGAACAAAUUGAACAAGAAUACAACGAUUCACGUAAAAGCUAUAAAAUUGUCCAAUUUGCUAGUUAUAGUCUAUCGAAAUCAAGUAUCACAAGAGAUAACAGAAAGGCAUUUGCAUUGAUAGGCAAAUGA